AUGGCGGCUACAAAAGGCGUCAUUUUUACCCAGACUCGAGCAUUAGCGACGGAAAAAGCCUCCAAGAAGAAGCUGUCUUCAGAAAAAGCUAGCGCCAGGAGCAAGAGGACCCGCUCCCCCGAGGCCCAACGAAUGCCAACCUCGCACUCUGUCGAAGACAUCCUUUCUGAGUUGAGAUCCCAACACCGUGAGAGGGUGUCCGCCCUCGUCUCAUGCCUCUCGGGGAAAACCCUGGAGUGGGCCAACGCCGUGUGGGUCGAAGGAGAUGCGGUACUGGACCACUUUGAGGAGUUCAUCCGUCGUUUCCGGGCAGUCUUCGACCACCUGCCCGAGGGUAGAGCUGAGGCAGGGGACGAGGAGCGCACAGAGAGGGAUAGACUGCUUAUAAGCACGCUACAGUUCACUUCACCGCUAGCCUGGAGAGAGAGAACACCACGACUGAGUAGCAGAGCAAGAGAGCGAGAGAGCGAGAUAGACAGAGAGGGGAGAGAGCAUUCUCUUCCUACCUCCAACAGAGGUUCAGCUGAUUCCUACACUAGUAGACCCUCGGAUUCCGACGUGUCCCUGGAGGACGACCCCGAGGCGUCUCGGCUUGAAGCCGAGCGCCAGGCCCAACUGCAGCUGGAGAGAGCCAAGUCGAAACCGGUAGCAUUUGCAGUGAAGACCAACGUGAGUUACUGUGGGGCUCUAGAUGGGGACUGUCCUGUCCAAGGUGCUGCUAUCAACUUUGAAACCAAAGACUUUCUACAUAUAAAAGAGAAAUACAGCAAUGACUGGUGGAUCGGUCGGCUGGUGAAGGAGGGGGCGGACAUCACCUUCAUCCCCAGCCCGGUGAAACUGGAGGCCAUGCGGAUCAAACAGGAACAAAAACAGGCACAGAGGAAAGCAGCGAACACAUCGUCCAGCUGGAGGUCCACACCACCAUCUGCAGCCAAACAGAAGCCAAAGCAGACAGAGCAUCUCCCACCCUAUGAUGUUGUUCCCUCCAUGAGGCCGGUGGUGUUGGUGGGACCCUCCCUGAAAGGCUAUGAGGUAACGGACAUGAUGCAGAAGGCCCUGUUUGACUUCCUGAAACACAGGUUUGAUGGGAGAAUCUCUAUCACACGGGUGACUGCUGAUCUGUCAUUAGCCAAAAGGUCUGUACUGAACAAGAAGGCCAUCAUGGAGAGGUCCAACACACGCUCCAGUCUAGCUGAGGUCCAGAGUGAGAUUGAGAGAAUUUUUGAGCUGGCUAAGACCUUACAGCUCGUAGUCCUGGAUGCAGACACCAUCAACCACCCAACACAACUCCUCAAAACAUCCCUGGCUCCUAUCAUCGUUUACGUUAAGGUGUCCUCUCCAAAGGUUCUUCAGAGGCUCAUCAAAUCUCGGGGGAAAUCUCAAAGUAAACACCUCAACGUACAGAUGAUGGCAGGAGACAAACUAGCACAGUGUCCACCCGAGAUGUUUGAUGUGAUCCUGGAUGAGAACCAGCUGGAGGAUGCAUGUGAACACCUGGCAGAGUACCUGGACAUCUACUGGCGCGCCACUCACCUGCCCUGUUCCACCCCCCUCAACCCCCUAUUGGACCAGAGCGUGGUCACUCCGCCCUCUGCUAACUCCAGCCAACAGGCGAGCUCCUCUCAGCAUGAUGUUUGAAGACCAAUAGGUUCCAUGCAUGUCUUUUUAAAAAUUGUGCAGGGCGAAUGGAAGAACAGAAAUAUGACCUUGUAUGCCACCAAAGAAUCUGGCCCUGAAUCUGUGGUCAAUCUGUUGCUUGCUAUUCUCUCAUUCAUCCUUGUCUUUUUGUGUUUCCAGUUCUCAGAGACUCAAGAGUUAAUAGAAUGAUCACUACCUAGCUACCACAGACACAGACCUGGCAGCCACUGCUGUGGUUCAGAGGUAAGGGGUCAGAAAUCCGAGGUCACUGGGGGUCACGGGGGGACCAGGGGUCGGCAGCCUUCGUUCCUGUCUGGAUAGGCACCAUCUCCACAGGCCUGCCCCUCUCAAUCCUGGAGAGGUAGAAGGAGGUGGACGACAGGGGACAGGGCAGCUUGCAUCUGAGAAAGACAGAAGGAGAAGGAGGUUGAGGAGCAGUGAGAGGAGCAUGACGAGGAGGAGGAAGAGGAGAACACCCCCCCACCCCCCUGAUAAAGACGGACCCCCAUCUCCACGCUGCCCCCUGCUGGAGAGUCCUCCCAGAGUCCCCUGACUGAUCCCACAGCCACAUGAUGCUUCUCAGGGCCAAUCACUGCAACAGCACGCAACAGGAAAACAAACCAGAGCAGUGACUGGACCUCCAGCUUGACCCAGACCAAACCCUCUCGCCCCUUACCUCCCCAAACCUCACUCUUCGCCCCCACCCUAACCCUCACCGCUAUUAGCACUCAAAACCACUUAGCGAUAGCACCCAAACAGUUAUGUAAAACCCACUGAACCAGCCCAUGUGUUUUCACUAAGGGCAGGCCUUUCCAGACACAGAAGGGUUGGUCCAGGUCUGGUCUUAGACAGUUCACACUCUGAAACAACAAGUGUAAUCUAAUGCUUAAUAAUGCUUAGACUGUUGCAUAGUGUGGCAUAGGUCUCUUCCUAAAAUCACUGUCCAAUCGGAAUUUAUGAAUGUGCUUAGAGUACAGUAGGGUAGAGUACAGUACAGUAGGGUAGAGUACAGUACAGUAGGGUAGAGUACAGUACAGUAGGGUAGAGUACAGUAGGGUAGAGUACAGUAGCCCCCCACAAUCAACAACUCCUCUCUUUAAAGCUCUAAGGUUUCUUACGCUUUCUAAAGAUGUACUGAGGAACAUGGCAAUGAAGGACAAUGACAUAUCUCCCAUAUUUACAAACCACUUCUGGAUGGCUUCCGCCACCACCAUUUUCUGUGAGUCGCGAUUUAAAGAUUGGACCAAAUUGUUUGCUGUAAUUAGGGCACACAGGGCACCACCGUGUUCCGUUGUGUUCAGGCACCUGGUCAGUACCGUAUGUAAUGACCAGAACUGUUCUCUUCCUUUAUUGCUUGCGUUCUCUUGCUUGACAGCUUGUUUUUUUUCAUGGCCUGUUUGGUAUUGUGUUCCCGUAACAGACUGGUAUUGUAGGUCUUAUAUGGCGACACGGAGGAAUAAAGUAUGCAUGAAUCAAAGCACAUCAAAGCACAAACUUGCACAUUG